AUGGCGGAAUUGCCUGGAACCCAGUCCUCCAGCUCUACUUCCGAUUAUAAUAAAUCUUCUGGAGAAGUAGAGUCUCUAAAUAAGCCAACCCAGAUCCUUAAAAUGGACACUUAUAGGUACCAUGGGCACUCCAUGUCUGAUCGUGGAAGCACAUACUGCACACGUGAUGAGAUCAGUGGCGUGAGACAGGAGCGUGAUCCAGUUGAAAGAAUUAGGAAGCUUGUUCUAUCUCAUGAUCUAGCGACUGAGAAGGAGCUGAAGGAUAUUGAGAAAGAAGUGAGAAAAGAAGUAGAUGAAGCAAUUGCACAAGCUAAGAUUGGUCAAAGUCAUUCUACUAGAUUAACGCCAAAUCUUUUGAAACUAUUUCAGCCCCGGUCCCCUUCGGAAUACAAACCAUCACAAGGGAGAAGGGAAUGCCCCUAUAUACAAGUUUGUUAUUGCUUUAAGCUUGCUCAAGGUACUAUUGAAAAAGAGAUCACUGAACUAUCUUUUUUGAGAUCCUUGAUUAUUAGCAAUAACAAUUUCCAGGGAUUCCUUGGUGAAGUGGGAAUCCUUCACUCCCUGACCAAGCACUCAAAUCUCAAAUUUCUGGAGGCUCUAGUUCUAAUACUUUUAGAGAAAGAUGAUGAUCUGGAGGUCGGGGGAGAGGCCACCAUUUUUGCAUAUGAGGAAGAGGAUUUCAAAGUGGUGGAAAGUUCAAAGAAGAAGAAAAGGAUUAUCACACAAGCAAUCUUCAAAGAGGUCGAGGAAUGA